AGACCUUUUAAAUAAGACAUGUAAGCUAAUGAUUUUAACUGAGUUUAAUCAGUGGUCACAGGGAGAAGUGAUGGGAGUUGAGGAGGAUGAGGAGACUGUGUCUGUAUGUUCAAGGAGGCCUGAGGUAGUCACAGGUUCCAUGUGAUACUUUAUUGAAUAUAAAAAAGUGAGACAUAAACCACUCGUUCAACUAUGUGGCUAGGAGCAGGUAGAACAUUCACAGUUGAAGAUCCCACAGCUCCGAUAGUCUGGCUUGCUUGUUGUUGGUGCAACCAUUCAUUUUCCCCCCUUCAAUGACUUCACGUCUUCGCAACUCCUCCAAUUCAACCUCCAUGUCUACAAGCUUCCCCCUCACCAAAAUUUAAAAAUAAAUAAAUGGGAGAACAGUAAACCUUACCACUUAACACAAGUUUCCUCCACUACCAAACUUCUGUCUGCAUCUUACCAGCUGCUGCUUUGCUGUAAAGGAAACACACCACAAAACCAAAACAAACCACAAUUAAACAGAGAUUUUUUUUUCUUCUGUGGCAUUCUCCGUUUGUCACUUCGAAAACCCUACCGACUAUGCCACUUGUGACCGGAUGACUCAGUCAACAUACUACUAAGGCCCAUACACAAGACACCAAAUUUUGAAGCCUCCCCGAUAACAGGCUUUCAACUAAAUGAAAAGGACAAUCAGAGACCAAAACACGUUGAGCUCAACAUCAAUAAUAAAAAAAUAUAAAUUAAUCCAUGUGAAUGAAUCAGCCCAAUGGGUUUCGUUAAUAAGUUCACAUGAGCCAGCCACCUCUACACCGGCCAAAGACACAAAAAAGGAGAGAAAUCUACUAAACAAAGAGACAGUUCACAAAAACAGAUUUUUCCUUUGGUAUUAUGUCUUGCAUAAAACUUUUCACCGCUCCAAAAAAAAAAAAAAAAAAAAAAAAAACACUUCAAACUAACCAAAACCAAAAAUACAAUAAUUUAAACCCACUCCACAACAACCAAAUAAACCAAAGUCAGAAAAACAACAACAACAACAAAAAAACAGAUAAACCACAAUUUAUCAGCUCCAUAAUGGAGCAGUACCAAUGUAAAGCAAGACAAAAGAAAUACAACCAACCCAAAUAACAAUAAAAAUUCAAUAAAUUGCAAUAAAAUCGAAUAAAUAAAAUACAAGCAAAAAAGUACACAUACUUAAAAUACACAAAACAACGAAAAAAAAAACACAAGGAAAUUACACCAGCGAACACCAGGUGGCACCAGAAUUAAAGGCCACGGUUUUACAACUCAUCCAAUGUGAACAUUAUACCUGAAAUAGUGAAAAUAUUCAAUGCAAUCGCGUGCGCACAAAAAUCAUGCAUCCCAAAACUGGAAACGGCAUUUAAGCCACAGCAAAGCAGCAGCUAGCAACUUCUGUAAAACAAAUGUUUUCGUUGUCAUACUUCUCCCUCCCCACUCCUCUCACAUUUGAAAAAGAAAACACACAAAUAGGGUAAGGGAUAAAUGAAAUUACCUUUGAUGUACAUAACACUCACAUGCUCACAAACAAUGCCCGAACGUUACCGAUUAAUCUAAAAUUACACCAAACAAACACAUUAAAAUCAAGUAUGUGAAUUAAGUUAAAUUCCCACAUGCACCCACAUUCUAAGUGUAUAAUUCCCUCCUGUCUAUAAUUCUCCAGCUGAACAAAACUUACCUUUAACGAGGAGUGAAGAAGAUACAGAACCUACGCAAACAGGUCACAUUGAUACAAUAUCAUGAGGAAACUACAUCUCACCUGUGUCUAUAUACUGUAGCUACGUGAUUACCUGAUGUACACACCCACCUUAUACAAUCCUCUUAUGCGCUAUUUUUAAAGGGGCCACGCAUUUAAAAGUGUUAAAGCAUCAACAAGGUACUUUCAACAAGAGACCAUGAAUAACUCCAAUAGCGUGAUUCUUUCCACGGGAAUAACAGAAGGGUUAAAUAUCACUGUAGUAAUAUCUGUAAUAUGUAACAUAUGUUGCCUUCAUCAAAAAUGUGUUACACUGUCUAGUCUCUGUUUCCCUGGGUGUCCACUAGUGGGCUCACUUCCCCUUAGGCACUUCACCGUAGGCACUAGAAUUCCUCUAGUCUGGUCCCGUCUUCACAGUAAUUGCAUUCCUGUUAAUUGCACCAGGUGCAGUCACUUGAUUGUCAUUAGCCUCCUUAUAUAUACCAGUCUUUUCCUGUUGUUUGUAUGGAGUCCUUACCCUUCGUGUCACCAGCCUUCUCGUCAUCCGAGAUUCCCAAUCAUCUUCUCGUCUUCCGAGAUUCACCCUAACCUCUCGUCUUCCGAGUUCCUUUCCUGUUCCCUCCUUUGUUUAUUUGUUUUGUUUAUUUUUGGACUGUCUGUUUGGCUUGACCUCUGCUUGAUAAUAAUAAUAGCCAGUAUUGAUAAUAAUGCCAGCGAUUGGAUCUCUACUCUCUCCUGUGUCUCUCUGGUGCGCGAAUUGUCACAGAAGGGCUCCAUCACUAAACAGAGAUCCAGCGGUAUGUCUAUUCACAUUUCCUCCCCAGUCACCGAGCGGGCGAGGAAUGGGUUCGAGGGUACUCACCUGGCCGUGUUCCGUGGGACCAGGGGAGGUCGCUCAGGAGUGAGUGGUCGAGAGGAGGUCCGGCAUCACUCUCCAAUAUGGCCCACCGGCGACCCUGAGUUCGGUUGGGAACCGCCGUCUAACCAUUAUGGACGGAGAGGGGAAAGGAGGCGCAAGUCUGUCGAGCCAGCACCGCUGCACAAGAUGGCCGCCAGCCCAGCGCCGCUGCGCAGAACCGCCGCCGACUCAGGACCAUUGCACAGAAUGGCCGCCAACCCAGCACCACGAGGCAAGAUGGAAGCCAGCCCAACACCACAGCACAAGAUGGCCGCCAACCCAGCGCCACUGCACAAGAUGGCAGCUACUGUGGGCUUUCCUGAGUUGAGUCAGGUGCCCGUUGACUCUCCAGAGUUGAGUCAGUUUCCGGUUGACCCUCCAGAGUUGAGUCAGGUUCCGGUUGACCCUCCAGAGUCGAGUCAUAUUCCCGUUGACCCUCCAGAGUUGAGUCAGGUUCCCGUUGACCCUCCAGAGUUGAGUCAGGUUCCCGUUGACCGUCCAGAGUCGAGUCACAUUCCAGUUGAUCCUCCAGAGUCGAGUCAGGUGCUCAUGGACCCUCCAGAGUCGAGUCAGGUGCUCAUGGACCCUCCAGAGUCAGGGUUAGUCACCAUCGACCUUCCAGAGGCCUGGCCUAGCUUUAGCUCUGAUGUGGCUGUGAGGAUGUUGGCUACAUGAGCGGGCGAAAGAGCGGCUCGCAUCGUGACCGAAUCCCAUACCACCCCAAGAAAAGUGGUCCUCUGUAAUGGAGAUAGCACACUCUUCUUGGUAUUGAGCCUCAAACCCAACUUCUGCAUAUGUGCGAGGACGACAUCUCGAUGCCGAACUGCCAACUGUUCUGAUUCCGCUAAAAUCAACCAGUCGUCCAAGUAAUUCAGAAUACGUAUGCCCUGCAGGCUAAGCGGGGCCAGAGCUGCAUCUACGCAUUUCAUGAAUGUGCGGGGUGAGAGAGCUGGACCGAAGGGAAGUACCCGAUACUGGUAUAUUUUGCCCCCGAAAGAAAACCUUAGGAACUUCCUGUGCUGAGGGAGGAUGGAGAUAUGGAAGUACGCAUCUUUUAGGUCUAUUGUGACGAACCAGUCCUCGGAUCUGAUUUGAGUCACGAUCUGUUUGAGUGUCAGCAUCUUGAAUUUUAAUUUCUGAACUGUACGAUUCAACAGACGAAGAUCUAAAAUGGGACGCAGCCCUCCAUCCUUUUUUGGAACAAUGAAAUAACGGCUGUAAAAACCCGAUGCCCUGUCGGGAGGAUACACCUGCUCUAUAGCAUUUUUCGCUAAAAGAGAUUUCACUUCUUGCUCCAUGACCAGAGCCUGCUUGGGAUGCACUACUGUGAGCAACACCCAGUUGUAGCGUGGGCGACGAGAACCGAACUGGAUUCUGUAACCCUUCUCUACUAUCUGCAGGACCCAUUGAGAUAUAUUCGGCAGACUUUUCCAUUCUGUUAGACAUUCUACUAAGGGAACCAGCCUCUCGAGGCUGGCCUCUGGUGUAAUUUGAACAGCUAGUUCGGGGACCUGAACCCGAAGCGCAGGAACCACCCGAGCUAACUGCUUUUGAACCCCCCUCAGAGGGAGCGAGCCCGACGCAGCGUCUGGGAGACACAGCGCCAGAGACCCGCUGGAGACCGCUGCGCCCCGAGGCACCAAGGGUGGCGGGGUUGGCAGGACGACCCCGUGAGAGCACCAAGACCGGACGGGCACCGUAUACUGAGGUGUACACCGCACUGUCUUGAUUGGGGCUGCCCUCACAGGUCUGACCCAUUUGGCGUCAAGACCUUUUCUUCUGAGCCGAAGCUUGUCUCCAUGAUUUUUGAGGAGGAGCGCGAUACGCAACACUCUCUUUUUGAAAAACACGAAAUGAGGAGCAUGAUGGCUGGGGCUGCCUUGUACGCCCAGCAGCAUCAGGACUAGAUCGGCGAGGGAGAAAACUUUUAAAAGCUUCAGAUUGCUUUUUAUUUUCUUGAAAUCUUUCAACCACUUCAUUCACAGCAUCACCAAACAGACCUAUGAGCAAUGAAAGCAACA